AACACUGACAACUUCGGGAAAUAAUCCCAACCACAAAGGCCCCCUCCUGUUGAACCUGAAAACAAUCAUUGACAUGGCUGAUACCGCGAUGUAUCUUUGUCCAGUUGCCAAGAACGCGGGGCAUAAAGAAGUCACCAUGUUUACCUCAAGCUACCUUCGUCCUUGAACCGUCCUCGACUCUAGUCGUAAUUCCUUUGCUAUCAUACGUAUUAAUCCGAUUUUAUCAUCAGCAAAACCUUCGCAAUGGCGCGCUUCUGCUCUAUUGUACCUCCUCAUGUUCUCAAACAUAUUAUUGAUAGUCCUUUGACAAGUCCACGCACUCUUCUCGCAGCUCAAAAAACGUACGACCAUGUCUGUCGCAUUCAUGAAAGCCGUGUUCUGGGAGCCUAUAUGCAUGAUGAUGAACCUGAUGAUCUCGCUACCGGUAUAAUACCUCCCCACAUAUUUCAAUCAGUACUUGAUUCUGAGGAGGCAUCCGCGGAAGACUAACAUGCGAAGCAUAACUUGGCACAUAUUGAUUAAUAUCAUGCUGCCCUGGCUAACCGUACCGCAGAAACCAGGUCAACCACUCGUAAAGUCUAUCGAAAAAUCUACACUUCUGAAGGAACCAAUGAAAUGGGGAAAAAAUUACUCUUUGAGGAACGCUAUAUGAUACCAUUAAGAACUAUGGAUUGGGAUGCUCGAAAUGUACAUGAAUACUUCGGGAAGAUAUAUGAAUUUUACGACAAGGUAUAUUAAGGUCGUGGGAUGGCUUUCUCCCUAUUUGUACUCAACCUCGACAAAUAACUGACUCACAUACGAGGUAUUCAACCGCAACUCAAUUGAUAAUAAAGGCCUUCACAUAAUUGGAAAUACUCACUAUGACGAUCAGCCCGGCCCGCCUGGCUUUAAUAACGCUUUUUGGAAUGGAAGGGUGAGUUACCGAGUGCCAUAGUUUGUUGCAGAAAUGAAAGAUGUUCAGAGAUUUGUCUAUCUUUGUGACUUGACCUCACCGUUAUAUACUUCUGAUUUAACGGCAUCUGACACAUCUAGUAGGAAAUAAGCUUUGGCGAUGGAGACGGCGAUUUGUUUACCAACUUUACAGAUAAAAUUGAUAUCAUAGCACAUGAACUCACACAUGGCGUCAUCCAAUUAACAGCCGAUCUCAAAUACCACUUUCAAUCCGGAGCUCUCAAUGAGUCUAUCUCUGAUGUCUUUGCUAGCAUGGCUAAACAAUACGAUUCGGAAACCCUUGCAAAAGAUGCAGACUGGCUCAUCGGCGAAAAGAUUUUUGAUCCCUUCAUGGAAAAUGUCUGGGCUCUUCGCAGUUUGAAGAAUCCGGGUUCUGCUUAUGACCACAAGAAAAUUGGCAAGGAUCCACAACCCGCAACAAUGGAUGGCUAUCAGGACCUAGAGGAAGAGAAUGAUGGCGGUGGAGUCCAUAUCAACUCGGGUAUUCCUAACCAUGCUUUCUACCUCGCAAGUGUGGCGUUGGGAGGGUAUAGUUGGGAGAAAGCUGGCAAGAUCUGGUAUGCGGCUCUUACUGAUCGGGCUCUUCGGUCCGUUGAUAGUAAUGAGGCGUUCAAAGUGUUUGCCGAUUUGACGAUCAAGCAUGCAGGGGAUUUUGAUGAGGAUACUCGGGAGAAAGUCAAAAAAGCUUGGAUUGAUGUCAAGGUUUUGAAUGGAAAGGAUGAGCUUUAAAUUGAUGGAUUUUGGCUACUAGGUUCAAUACCAUGCUAACUAGUUAUGACUUUGUUGUCUUUUUGACUCGGAGAGAGUAGGAGAGUCAUGUUUGUUUUGAAGUUCCAUUAUUGUAACCACUCAUUAAACGCUUGGAGGCAUCUUUUAAAAUCGCAACAAUAAUAUUAUUCUCAUACCCUGACUUUAUCUGCAAUGACUUGACCUUCUUCUUGCCUCUCCCAUCUAGUUGGGACUACAUUUAUUCUCAUGAUU